UUCCGCAGCACCUCGAAGCUCUUCCUGGGCUUCAAGAAGCUGGGGUUGCGUCGGCCCAAGAAAGGGCAGUUCAAGAACACGUCCCGCUUCUUCUGGGGGCUGCAGAAGCACAGCACCAAGAGGAGGAAGAAGAAGAAGAACAAGGCGGUGCUCAAGUCCACCUCCAACCUGAUGGUUCGCUUCAAGCGUGUGGGCAAGAAGAGGAAGGAGGCGGCCGGCAGCUCCCCGCCGGCGAAACCGUCCUUCCUGCUGCUGCGGCGGGGCGGGCAGGCGGCCGAGGACGGAGCAUCCCUCUUCCGCCGGCGCCCGGAAAGGAAAUUCAAGCCGCGGGCGCAGGUGCUGAGCAAGGCGGCCGCCGCCACGGGCUGGCUGGCCAGGAAGGUGCUCUCCCGGCGCGGGCGGCUGGCGGGGGGCGGCCGGGUGGCCAACGCGGCCUGGCUUUCCCGUAUCGGUGCCAGGAAGCUGCCGUUCCCCGCGGAAGACGAGAUCCUCAGGCACCGGGCCAACAUGAAGCGGAUCCCCGGCGGCAGCGGACUGUCGGCCCCCGGUGCCACACGGCACAGCCAGGAGAGGCACGGCAGCACGGUGCGGCGUCCGUCCCGGCAGCGCUCCCAGCAUGCACCUGCGGAGCCGCCGGUGCUGCGCUACGGGUGGGCUGAGGAUGAGGAUGGAGCCUACAGCCGCCGGCGUGGCUAUGCCAAGGAGGAGGAUGGAGCCUACGGCUCCUGCCGUGGCUAUGCCAAGGAGGAGGACGGAGCCUACGGCUCCCGCCGUGGCUAUGCCAAGAAGGAAGAUGGAACCUGUGGCCUCCGACGUGGCUACGCCAAGGAGGAGGAUAGAGAGGAUGGAGCCUAUGGCCCCCAGCACUGCUACGCUGAGGAGGAGGAAGGCUACAUCCAAACCCCAGCCUACCCAGCGCGGUACAGCUUCGAGGAUGCGUUGCCAACCCCCUGUGCUGACUACCCUGGCUACGAGGCAGAGGAGGAGUAUGGCUUCUACGGCAGGUUUUGGGAUGAGGGUGACCUGCCGGGGCACCCCUACGGCUACGCAGAGCUCGAGGAAGAGGGGCCGUUUGGCGGCGGGUCCCCCCUCACCCUCUACGACCCUUAUGGCAGCGACCCAGAGUACGGCGAGGAGACGACGGGGCCCUUCGGCUACAGGGGAGACCCCUACGAGGACUAUGGGGAGCCUCUCUCCGAGGGGUACCUGGGGGGCGAGUACCCCGAGCAUCGCAUCCAGUACAGCGAGGCGGGGUGGGCGCCGCACGCCCAGUCCUCCUGCAACCCCUAUGCCCUGGCCCUGGAGGAGAUUGCCGAGGCCGAGGAGCCCGAGGAGUGGGAGGAGGAGGAGGAGGAGGAGGACGGGGAGUACCCCUUCUCCAUCCUCAGCGCCUCCUCGCUCCGGGGCAUGCGGGAGACGCUCUCCUCCAAGCUCUCCCUCAAUAGGAAAUUCAGGCUCUUCCCCCGGCCCCAGGUCAAGCUUUUCGGCAGGGACCGACUCGACGUCCCCCUCCCGCCGUCCCCCCACCUGCCUGCUGCCCGCGACGAGGAUGACUACGACGAGUACGAGCCGCCGCCGGCAGCCCCCGGCCCUGCGGCAUCGCCGGGACGCCGGGUUGCGGCAGCGCGGGCGUGCGGGAGCCCUCUGGGGCAGUUCCUCCAGCGCUCCCUCUCGCAGCCCUCCGGCCGCCCGCCACGGGGUGCGGGGGGAUUUCAGGACCCCCGCACCCAGCCCUCUUACAGACGCUCUGGCCGCAGGCUGGCAGGGAUAGAGAGCGCCGGCUCGGGGGGCCGGGACCCCCCAACACGAACAUCUCCAGUCAGGGACCCUUCCUUGCCGGCGGGGCCCCGGGGGCAGCCCCCUCCCCGAGAGCCGGGGGCUGCGCGGCGGCUGUCGCUCCGUAACCCCUUUGCCAACCCCGGGGGUUCCCCAUCGCCACCGCCAGCCCGGCAGCGCCCCAGCAGCAUGCGGGGCGAGGGGCCGCGGCGAUCCCCCUCCCUCGGGGCCAGCCUCCGGCGGUUCGGCCCGAGCCCCCCCCCACCGCCGGCUGCCCCCCGCUCACCGGGGCCGGUGGGGAGGCGUUUGGGGGUGCCCGCGGCGGGGUCGGGGAGACUCUUGUCCCCGAGGCCGUCACGGCGGAGCAGCCCCCCUGGGCUGCCGCUCCCCCAGGCCUGGCCCCGGCUUCCCGAGCCCCCCAAGGCUGUGAAGCCACUGCAGAGGACCCCCUUCCUGGCACCGACCCCCCACCCUGGCAGCCGCCGCCUUGGCCCCCCCGGCCCCUCCUGGGAUGAGGAGCCCCCCUGGCAGGGUGCCGCGCGAGGUCUCGCCGAGGUGCCCCCCCCGCCCAGCCCCGCUCCCGGCACCCCCAAAACCUUCAUCCAGCGCAUCGGGCAGCCCCUUGCCGGGAUGGCCCCCCUCCCCCCGGCGAGGCCAUCUUUGGCCAAAGCGGGGGGCCACAGCCCCUCCCCACGGCGCUCCGUGGGGCAGUCCCUGGCAUCGCUGCUUGUGGGGAGCAUGGCCCCCGCUGAAGCCCCCCCAUCCCCACCUCCCACCUGCCGUCCCCCCUCCCGCUCGCCCUCCUCGCCCCGGCGCCCAUCCUGGCGCGAUGGGAGCGCCCGCAGAUCGCCGAGCCCACCGGCUGGGCGCCGGGGCUGGGCCGAUGCCGGGCUCCCUAUCCUCCCCUCCAUCCCGCGUGGUGACCGGAGCCCCUCACCGCAGCGUCGUGCCGCUUUUCCAGCACCCCGCGGCCGAGCCCCCGGCUCGCCGGCCGCCUUCCGCCACGGUGCUCGUGCCCCGGGACCGGCGGAGGCCGGCGAGGGUGAUGGGGCGGCUGGGGAGGAGGGCACGGGGCGCUACGCGGUGGUGACGCCGCAGGUGCAGAGGUUGGGCUCCUUCCGGCGGGCGUCCCGCAUGUACAAGCAGCACUGGUCCACGCAGCACGUCGUGCGGGUGCGGGAGAUGCCCGACGCCUGGACGGCCGAGCAGGCCCCCCGGCAGCCCACCCAGCGUGGCCGGCGGUGGGCGAGCCAGCGGGGAGCCGACAUUGCCCGAUACCUGAGCCAGCGCUCGCCGGCGGGCGGCUGGCGGGACAGGCACCCCUGGGCAGACGGGUACCUGGGCACCAAGCAGCCCUGGCGCAGCAAGAUGCAGUCGCUGUGCAGCCUGCCCAUCGUGCGGUACCAGGAGCCGCAGGAGGAGGACGGGCUGGAGGACAUGACCCAGCUGGAGGACCUCCAGGAGACCGCGGUGCUGAGCAACAUCCGGACGCGGUUCGAGCGCCAGCUCAUCUACACCUACAUCGGCAGCAUCCUGGUGUCGGUGAACCCAUACCGGCUCUACAACAUCUACGGGACGGAGCAGGUGCUGCAGUAUGAAGGCAGAGCCCUGGGCGAGAACCCACCGCACCUCUUUGCCAUCGCGAACGUCGCCUACUCCAAAGUGAUGGAUGCCAAACACAACCAGUGUAUCAUCAUCAGUGGGGAGAGCGGCUCAGGGAAGACCGAAGCCACCAAGUUGAUCCUGCGCUACCUGGCAGCCGUCAGCCAGAAACGCAGCGCUGCCCCGCAGAUAGAGAUCCUGGAGGCGACUCCCUUGCUGGAAUCCUUCGGCAACGCCAAAACCGUGAGGAACGACAAUUCCAGCAGGUUUGGGAAAUUUGUGGAAAUCUUUCUGGAGGAAGGCUUGAUCUGCGGUGCCAUAACCUCGCAGUACCUGCUGGAGAAGUCCCGCGUGGUCUUCCAGGCCAAGAGCGAGCGCAACUACCACAUCUUUUACGAGAUGCUGGCAGGGCUGCCCGCCCAGCAGCGGCAGCGGUACUGCCUGCAAGGCGCCGAGACCUACUACUACCUGAACCAGGGUGGGAACUGUGAGAUCCCCGGCAAGGACGAUGCGGAGGAUUUCCGUCGGCUGCUCAACACCAUGGAGGUGCUGAGUUUCAGCGUGGAGGAGCAGAACAGCAUCUUCCGCAUCCUCUCCUCCGUCCUCCACCUGGGCAACGUCUACUUUGAAAAAUACGAGACCGACUGCCAGGAGGUCGCCACGGUGGUGAGCGCCACGGAGAUCCGGACGGUGGCUGAGCUGCUGCAGGUCCCCGAGGGCCUGCAGAAAGCCAUCACCUUCAAGGUGACGGAAACGCUACGGGAGAAGAUUUUUACCCCUCUGACCGUCGAAAGCGCCGUGGAUGCCAGGGACGCCAUUGCCAAGACCCUUUACUCCCUGCUCUUCGGCUGGCUCACGGACCGCAUCAACAAACUGGUGUACCCGCGGCAGGAGGCCCUCUCCAUCGCCAUCCUGGACAUCUACGGCUUUGAGGACCUCAACUUCAACAGCUUUGAGCAACUAUGCAUCAACUACGCCAAUGAGUACCUGCAGUUCUUCUUCAACAAGAUCGUCUUCCAGGAGGAGCAGGAGGAGUACCUCCGGGAGCAGAUUGAGUGGAAGGAGAUCCCCUUCAGCGACAACCAGCCCUGCAUUGACCUCAUCUCCCAGAAGCCCUACGGCAUCCUCCGGAUCCUCGAUGACCAGAGCUGCUUCCCCCAGGCCACCGACCACACGUUCCUCCAGAAGUGUCACUACCACCACGGGAUGAACCCGCUGUACACCAAGCCGAAGAUGCCGCUGCCCGAGUUCACCAUCAAGCACUACGCGGGGAAGGUGACCUACCAGGUUCACAAGUUUUUGGAUAAAAACUAUGACCAGGUCCGGCAGGAUGUGCUGGACCUGUUCAUCAGCAGCAGGACCAAGGUGGUGGCCAACCUCUUCUUCGGCCAUGCCCAGAUGAUGGCCCGGCAGAGGAGCCUGGUCAGGAGGAGCAGCACCAGGACGCGGCGGUACAAGGCCCCCACCGUGGCUGCCCAGUUCCAGCAGUCGCUCCUGGACCUGGUGGAAAAGAUGGAGAGGUGCAACCCCUUCUUCGUGCGUUGUCUCAAACCCAACAACAAGAAGGAGCCGGGGCUCUUUGAGGCCGACGUGGUCAGCAGCCAGCUGCGGUACUCGGGGAUCCUGGAGACCAUCCGCAUCCGCAAGGAGGGCUUCCCCAUCCGCAUCCCCUUCCUCGUCUUCAUUGACAGGUACCGCUGCCUCGUCGACAUGUGGUCCAACGUCAUUCCCAACGGGGCCAACUGCGUGGAGAUGCUGAGGAACCUCUGCCCCAUCAGCCCCAGCAUGUACUACGUCGGCGUCAGCAAGCUCUUCCUGAAGGAGCAGCUGUACCAGGCGCUGGAGAGCAAGCGAGCCCGUGCCCAUCACCUGGCCGCGCUCACGCUCCAGCGCUAUGCUCGCACCUUCUUCAUCAAGAGGCGAUUCCGCUCCCUCCGCCGAAAGAUAGUCCUCCUGCAGAGCCGGGCGCGAGGCUACCUGGCCAGGCAGCGGUACCGGCGCAUGCGGCGCACGCUCAUCAAGUUCAGGUCGCUGGUGCACAUCUAUGUGAACCGCCGGCGGUACCUCAAGAGGAAGGAGGACGCCCGCCGGCGGGCGGAGGAGGAGAGGGAGAGGAUGAAGCAGGCCGGACGCAGCGCCAAGCGCCAGCUCUUCCUCCUGCCCGGCGGCAUCGAGAGGCACCUCAAGAUCAAGACGUGCUCGGUGGCUCUGGACGUGAUCGAGGAGCUGUGCUGCGAGAUGGGGCUGCAGCACCCAGAGGCUUUUGAUGAGUACAUCCUCUUCGUGGUGACCGACAGAGGGCAGAGCGUGCGGCCACUGACCCGCCGGGAGUACGUCCUGGACGUGGCCACCGAGACGGAGCACCGGGACGCCAGCUACACCUUCUGGUGCCGCCGCGUGGUCUGGAGCCAGCCCCUCAAAUUUGACAACGAGCUCUACGUCACCGUCCACUACAACCAGGUUCUCCCCGACUACCUCAAGGGGCUGUUCACCGUCCUGCCGCCCGCGAGGCCGGGAGAGCAGCACUUCCCGCACGUGGCCAAGCUGGCCGCCCUCCAGCACCGAGCCAAGGACCGCCACCACCUCCCCACCGCGCGGGAGGUGCAGGACUACGUCCCCCCGCAGCUCUUCCGCCUGCUGAAGGCCCAAUCCUGGCUCCACAUGGUGACCCAGCACAUGCAGCAAGCCCAGGCGCUCAGCGCCCACCAGGCCAGGGCACAGUUCCUGGGGCUGCUGAGCGCCUACCCCAUGUUUGGCUCGUCCUUCUUCUACAUCCAGAGCUGCAGCAACAACGCCAUCGUCUCGCCCUGCAUCCUGGCCGUCAACCAGAACGGCCUCAACUUCCUCAGCAAGGAGACCCACGAGCCCGUCGCCAAGUUCUCCUUGAAGGAGAUCCAGUCGACGCGGACGCAGCGGCCGACGGCCGGAUCCAGUUAUCCCUACGUGGAGAUCACGCUGGGAGAUCUCCUGGCCCAGGGCAUCACCCAGCUGCAGCUGGAGCAGGGCCUGGAGCUGUGCCGCGUGGUGGCCGCGCACAUGGAGAGGCUGCUGGGUGCCCGGGAGAAGAGGCUGACGCUGCCGCCCAGCGAGAUCACCCUGCUCUGA